UGAACAUUUUUUAGGUAGAUAUUGAGUGGAUAUAAACAUUUUUAUAGGAUAUAGCUAUAUAUAGUGGUAUAGCUGUAAAACUCUACGCGAUCUAUAAUUAUAUUUGCUGUGUAGUCUGUGUUCAUGAUAUUAUAUCGUACGUUGACUUUGGGCAGCGGAAAUCGGACAAAAUCGUCUACAAAUAAUAUGAAAUAAUUAGACACAUAGGUACUAAAAAAAAUUUCUUAAUCUCAUGUUAUCACCGUACCCACCUAUAUUUUAAAUUAGUAUCAAUGGUAUAAUUAUUGUAUAGUUAUUGUAUAAUAUUUUGUUGCAAUUAGUCUAUAAAAAGGAGGGAGACCGCGUUCUCUACUGCGUAUAUUGUACAUUCAUUAGCUGGUUCAAAUACUUAUGCGCAGUAUAGUAGCAUUAAUUUUAAAUCAGUCUUGUUUUUGAUCGCCACAUAGUGAAUAUUAUGUAAAAGUAGCUGGUUAACAAAUAUCGCACAUCACAGUAUUAUUGUGAUAAUGAAAUUAUCAAUUUUUUUAUUGUUGCUGACUUUCGUAGUUACCUCAUUAUACGCGAGACACGUGCAUCAAACGUCGACUAAUAGAAGUCCCAAUUACAAACACCAAAAUCGGAUCAAUAGUACCACAAAAAUCAACAUUACCACUUUGGUCAAUCCUGUAGGACGAAAUUCCAAGCCGUUUCCUGCCUGCAAUACAACGAAAACAUGUAUAAGAUCAAACAGCACUGCCACAAAUGGCAAAAAAUUUCAUACGAGUAGUACAACACAGAAGUAUACUGGUACUAAGUCAAACGGUGUUGAUUCUAUAACCAAGAAAGUUGUGAUCGUAGAUGACCAUACAACAACCGAAUCAGAUCGAAUUCAUUCAAGAUUUUUUAUAAAUCCUCCAGUUAAGAUUAAGGAAUCUGAUUGUACGGAUGGACUAACCAGAUCCGUUAACGGAAACUGUGUUUUCAAGUUUUCAGAUGAUUGAAAUGGUAUUAAUUUAAUAAAUUAGCUUGAUUGRAUUACUUAUAUGUCUUAUAUGUUUGCAGUAUUAUUAUUUAAAUGCAUUUUUUAAACAUUUUAAUUACAAAAUUAAAUUAUUAUGAAAGC